UUAAUGCACUAGUGAGCAAUAAAACCGACAAUGAAUCUAGUUUCAGCCGUUAGAAACUACGUUGGGAAGAUGAUAGACGACUCGGGAGUAGGUGUAAUGAAAAUUUUGCUGAUGGACAAAGAAACCAUUUCAGUCGUCAGUAUGGUAUAUGCCCAAUCUGAGCUCCUUCAGCGAGAAGUUUAUCUUUUCGAGUUGUUGAAUAACUUCAACAGAGAGCCAAUGAGACAUUUGAAAUGCAUUUGUUUCAUUCGACCGACUCGGGAGAACAUCGAAAACUUGUGCAAUGAGUUAAGGAAUCCCAAUUAUAACCUGUACUUCAUUUACUUUACAAAUGUAAUCGACAAAGAUAGUCUUAAACAGUUGGCAGAAGCAGAUGAGCAUGAAGUUGUUAGGGAAGUUCAGGAAGUGUUCGCAGAUUUUCUUUGCAUGGCUCGACACGUAUUCUCUUUCAACAUAAUUGGGUGCUCGAAAAAGAACAGAUGGAAGCACGAUGUUUUGCAGCGAUGCACAUCUGGUUUGACGUCUCUGUUAUUAGCUCUGAAAAGAUGUCCGGUCAUUAGAUACCAAGCCAGUUCAGAGAUGGCAGAUGAAUUGGCGAAAUGCGUUGGUAAUCUCAUCUCUAAAGAGGCUGCGCUGUUUGACUUUCGACACACAGAUGUUGCUCCUCUGUUAUUAAUUCUAGACAGGCGCUUUGAUCCUCUGACACCGCUCCUUAACCAAUGGACUUACCAAGCUAUGGUCCAUGAAUUGAUAGGAAUUCACAAUAAUCGUGUGAAUUUGUCAUCUGUUCCCAACACUUCAGAGGAACUGAAGGAGGUAGUACUAUCAGCAGAGCAAGAUGAGUUCUACAGCAAAUGCAUGUUUAUGAAUUUUGGAGAAAUUGGAAGUCAGAUAAAAGAACUUAUGGAAAACUACCAGAAAACUGCGCAAAGUCAUCAAAAAAUUGAAUCUAUAUCUGACAUGAAAACCUUCAUAGAAAAUUACCCAGCAUUCAAAAAGAUGUCAGGCACUGUUGCCAAGCAUAUAACUCUUGUCGGAGAGCUUUCUCGCUUAGUUCAAGUUAAUAACUUGUUGGAAGUGUCCGAAACUGAACAAGAGCUCGCAUGUCAUUCCAAUCAUUCGGAAGCCCUACAGCACGUAAAAAAGUUGAUCACCAAUGAUGCAGUAACUGAUCUUGAUGCAACACGUUUAGUCAUGCUGUACACUUUGAAGUAUGAACGGCAUUCUAGUAACGACAUUCCAGGUUUGAUAGAACUCUUAAACCGACGCAACGUACCCGAAGAGUUCAGACGGGUAGCGGCAAGUGUUUUAACGUACAGCAAUGCCAGUGUUAAUGGAGUCCAUCAUCAAUCUCUAUCCGAAAGCCCAGUCGCUGCAACCAGAAGACUACUAAAAGGUUUAAAAGGAGUAGAAAACAUCUACACGCAACAUCAGCCGAUGUUGAAAGAAAUUCUGGAAAACCUUCUACGAGGAAGGCUGAAAGAGUCAGCCUACCCUUACAAUGGAAACAAUCCUGUCCGGGUAGACAGAGUUCGAGAUGUAAUCGUGUUUGUAGCGGGAGGAGUCACAUACGAAGAAGCAAACACAGUUCACACUCUGAACUUGGCGAAUCCUGAUGUCAGAAUUAUUCUAGGAUCGACAAAUGUUCACAAUACGAAAUCUUUCUUCGAAGAAAUUGCCGCAUCUGUCAGCGACGGAAAUGCAUAUGAUAUUUCGAGGUUUAGAGACUCGGAGAAGUUGACAUAAACUCGCCCAGAUACGUGGAAAUUUAAAUUUAAAAAUGUAUAUUUAUUGGUGUAGAAAAAUUAAUUGUUCUUUUAUAA